UAUAUGUAGAGAGAGAGAGUAGUUGCGAGAGAAGGGAGCGGAGUUGGAUAAAGAAAUCCGCUGUUUAAAAUAGCCCAUAGAUUCAUGCAGGAGAAGUAGUUUCCAAAGACUAUGGCCCCUGGUUUUCACUCUCUCUCAACAACCUACUCUUCACUCUUUCCCUUUCACCUGAACACUUGCAUUUCUUUAUUUCUUGUUCUUCAUCUGGUCCCCUCCCUUUUAUACCCCUUCAUUUCCUCUUCUUUUUCUUCACCAACAGAGAUGCUAAGUUUCACAUCUCUGUCUUGCCUUCCUUCAACUUGCACAAAAAUCCCUUCUUAAAUUACUCCAAAAAGGAAAAAAUAACUUCUUUUUUUACGCUUUUGUCUCCCCUGUUUCCUCUGUUUUCCCUUAUUCAUCACCAUUUCUUGGUUCUUUUCACUUUUUCGUUGAUACCCAGAUUGUAGUUUUCAAUUUUAAACACUUUUGGGAAAUACCUAUAUCGAAAUUUAGCUCUUUUUUGUGUUCCUUAUAGAGUUGAUUCAGAAUUCUAAAGGGAAAAUUGGAGGAUUGAAUGGGAAGAGCAACUUUGGCUGAUAUAAAAGAGAAAGAUUUUGGUGAAUUGGUUAAGGAAACCAAAACAAAUACAGAAGAUAAAAAUAAAGUUUCCAAUUCGAAUAAGAAUAGGAAUACUACUUCAGAUAGAAGGGGAAAGAAGAGCCGUCGGCAGCAUAGGAAGAUGAUGAUGCCGGCUGCAGUCGUGGUGUCGCCGGUUCAAAGGCUUUUCGAUACUUGCAAGGAUGUUUUUGCCUUAUCUGGGACUGGAAUUGUCCCUACCCCGGAUAAAAUUGAACAGCUUAGAGCUGUUUUGGAUGAAAUCCAGCCGGCAGAUGUUGGUCUUACUCCACAUAUGCCAUUUUUCAGUCCACCAGUAAUUCGACAAGCUCCACCAAUAACAUACCUGCACAUCCAUGAGUGUGAAAAGUUUUCGAUGGGCAUCUUUUGCUUGCCGCCAUCUGGUGUCCUUCCACUUCACAAUCACCCUGGAAUGACGGUUUUCAGUAAACUUCUCUUUGGGACUAUGCACAUCAAAUCAUAUGAUUGGGUGGUUAAUGUCCCUAGCAAUGCAUCAACUGCUGUGGAUUCUUCACAAACAGUGCAACAUCCUGAAGUCAGGUUGGCUAAGGUUAAGGUUGAUUCCGACUUCACUUCUCCUUGCAACACCUCCAUACUUUAUCCAGCUGAUGGAGGCAACAUGCAUUGCUUCACAGCUGUGACCGCAUGCGCAGUGCUGGAUGUUCUAGGUCCUCCAUACUCUGAUCCUGAAGGAAGGCACUGUACGUACUACUAUGACUACCCCUUUACAAAGUUCUCAGUUGAUGGAGCAACUGUACCUGAAGAGGAGAAGGAUAAGCAUGCAUGGCUCCAAGAGAGGGAGAAGCCUGAGGACUUGACUGUUGUUGGCGCAUUAUACACAGGCCCAGAGAUCGUGGAAAACUGAUCUCAGCCAUCUACAUCAUCCUGUCAUACACACCAUUUUCUUGUCCUUCUUGUCUUGUCAGUGUCUGGCUGCAGCAUUAGGAACUUUUAUUUCCUUUGGUUUUUUUUUUUCUCCUCUUAAUGGGACAUGGGUGGGUACUCUUUGUUUUGCUUUUUCCUUACAAUUUUCUGUACAUAAAAGGAAAAACAAGAAAAAAAAAAGGGAAAACUGUAGUAAGUGCACCGGAUGAAGUUUGUAGCUCAAUGAGAAAAAUGUUAAAAGUGCGUUAUUUUGUGGCACCUUUCUUUUCCAACUUUUUUUCCUUUAUAUUUUCCCUUCUUAUGUUAUGUUGUAAAUGACUGACUUGAUAGAGAUUAAUGUCAAAGAAGCCAACUAUAACCCCUUCUUUUAUUAUCCUAAUUAA